AUGACAGACAAGUUAAUGAGCAUGCUCCAACAGGCCACCUUGCAUGCAGAGAAGGAGCGAACGUUUGGAGACUCUAUACAAGAAUCUCCUCAGAUGAACCAACAAGAAGCGUUAUUGAUGUCGAUGUUAAGGGACACCCAAAGUGAGCAAACCAAGGGGGAAGAGAAGCUAGAUCAAUCGAACGAGAAAUCUAGCCAGAUGGUCCAAGAGCAGGAUGCAUGUGAUACUGAGUCAGAUCUCGAAGCUGGAGCAAUUUCCAGACUGAGAAAGAUAAUAUACACGCCGCAGUUUUUGCUGUCUUUAGAAUCAUCGCCUUUGGUCCCCAGGGCUUCGUACUGGGUAUCUGAAUUACCCCCAAUUGAGUUUUUCAGGCUCUCCCAAUCGAAAGGCGGGGACCACCUUCGUCAGAGAAGGAAGUCUUCCAAUGGAUCUUCCUCGAGAGAGGACAGAAAAUCGCAACGUGCCCGUCAGAAGGAAAACAAAAAGAAGGGCCAAAAACAUGAACAAGUUAUUGAGGAAGAACAUCCAGAUUGGAUGGAUAGUAAAGAUGUAAAGACUGGUAAUAGCAUUUUGGAUUUUGAAAUUUGGAGGUUGAAGAUGAGGAUAGAGACUGCCAAAAGAAAUGGCGAGCCUAUAAAUCCUGAAGAUGAGCUAGAACUACAGCAACUUCAAAAAAGUUCCAAGAUAGUAGUUGGUGCCGAUACCAAGGGAGCACACCAACUAAUUGACAGGGACAAUGAUGGUGGAAGUAACAAGGAAGACGGAAGUGAGAAGGAAAAGCUCAACCAUAAACAUCACAUCAUAUCAGCCGAUGAUCAAUUUGAGUUACUUUCAGAUUUACCCUCCAAAAAUAAUGUUAACAGCAUAGACGAUGUAUUUAUUAGAGAGAAUAACAGUUCUAAUAGUAUUAAUAGAAACAAUAGUACUCCUAAAAGUACAGUGAACACCUUACAAUCGGGUUUUUCCUCUUUUUUUGAUUCUCCAGUAUCAAAGGAACAGACCGUCCCACAUGCAGAUGACAAGAGGUCGUCGAGACUUAUGUCUAUUCUUGCAGAUACACCCUCCUCAGAUUCUCCAUCAAGACAACAGCCCAAUUUAUCUUCUCCGUUGCCAUCAGUCGCUGCAAACUCAUCCUUUGCUCCAAAAAAGGAGAGUGACAAGCUGUUUUUCCAAUCUCUGAUGGAGAAGAGCUCCCCACAGCCCCCACAACUACCAGAUAUUGCUUCAAGUAUUACAUCCAUGUCUCAACAACUUCCUCAACAGGCACAACAAUUACCACAACAAGCGAGAAACAUGGGUGGUAUGAACCAAUUGGGCCGUGGAAAUGAUAUAAACAAUAUGCACCUAGGCAUGAAUCCGUUUAUGAAUCCCCAGUUUGCACAGCUACCACCACAAAUCCAACAACAGCUUAUCCAGCAACACAAAUUGCAGCAACUUCAGUUUAUGCAAAUGCAAAUGCAAAUGCGUAUGCAAAAUCAACAACAACAACAACAACAACAACAACAACAACAACAACAACAACAACAACAACAGCAUCCGCAACAGCUCCAAUCGACUCCGAGUUUACAACAUCUUACCCAACCUUCCCAAUCUCCAGGAAUGAGUAAUUCGCCUCUAUACAAUUCUCCUCGCUUCAAGAGUGCGCAACUGAAUCACUCUCCACAUGGUCUAAAUGCUCCAUCGAACUACUCGCCGCACGCUCAGCACACUCCAUUAAGAAACUCACCUCAAAUGAGCUCUACAACACAUCAUCAACAAUUACAACCACAACCAGAACCGUUGCAUCCAUAUCAGCAGCAACUUACAUCACCAAGCCAACUAGCACAAUUGCCAUCACAACAGCAGCAAUCAGUGAAUAAUGGCAAUACACCAGUACAAUCUCAUUUACCCUACGGUGCACAUCAUAGCAUGCCAGGCAUGACACCAAACCAUCCAUUGAUGAAGCUUCUCAGUAAAAAUAAAAGAAAAUCCAUUAGCGAUUCAAAGGAAGCAUCGCCGUCACCUCCACCCCAAUCUAAUCAAGCAAUGCAAAACCAGUUGCCGCCUGGAAUGUAUGGAAUGCCGAAUGUCGAUAUGCUCAAUGUUUCAACCGUUCAAAAUACGCCAAACUUUUCUUCGAACACAGGCAGGUAUGUUCAACGAUAA